AGCUUCUCACGUGGUCAGGGGCUGCAAGUCAGACAGAGAACCGCACCGCUGCAGAAGACCCUCACCCCGUUCCAAAAAAAGAAACACAGGCUUUAUAUACCACGACCACUUCACACCCCAGACACAACAGGCUCAGCCUGCCUCAGAAAAUAUGCUUACUCAGCACAACACGGUGCUUCUUUAUCUUCUGGCAAGUCUUGGACAAAGUGUUCUGGGGAGUGAGAUCAUCAAUGGCAAAAGGGUCCCUGAGAAACUGAUGGCGUACAUGGCCUCCGUCCAGAGCAAUGGACGGCACGUGUGUGGAGGGUUUCUGAUCAGUGAAGACUUUGUGGUCACGGCUGCCCACUGUGAGAAAGAUCAAAUGGACGUGGUCCUCGGAACCCACAAUCUCAAGAAGGUGGACGAUGGGAAAAUGAGAUACAACGUCACCCGAUGCAAACACCCAGAUUUUCAAAAUGUGAAGUCUGGUCGUGACAUCAUGCUUCUCAAGCUGUCUCGCAGAGCUCGACUUGGCGGCAACCUGCAACCGAUUCGGCUGCCAGAACCCGGGGUGAAACUCAGGAAUAAAGCCAAGUGCCGAGUCGCUGGAUGGGGCUUCACGAAAACGGCUGGAGAAGUGACCGACGCGCUGCUGGUGGCUGAAGUGCACGUGGUGGACCAGGAGACGUGCAGGAAGAGGUGGAAACCCCGCGGCGUGGAGCUCCCAGAUAAUGUCCUCUGUGCAGGAGGAUAUGGCUCAAAGAAAGGCUUCUCACAUGGAGGUGUCAUCAUAAAUGGGGACGUAGCACCAGAGAACUCCAUGCAGUAUAUGGCCUCUGUGCAAAACUUUUGGGGUCACGUAUGUGGAGGAUUUCUCAUCAGUGAGAAUUUUGUGGUCACUGCUGCACAUUGCCAGAUGAGCGAACCUACACAUGUGAUUCUGGGAACCCACGAUCUCAUGAGGAACUCAGACAUGAAAAUCAAAAUUGAAAAGAAAUGCAUCUACAGUAAAUUCAAGGGGGUCGGAGAGGGUUAUGACAUCAUGCUCCUUAAAUUGUCCCAAAGUGCUAACAUCGGCCCGAGAGUGAAAACAAUUCCACUUCCAACCUGCCAAACGAAUGUCAGAGAAAACCAAAUCUGCUCUGUGGCUGGAUGGGGUAAAAUAAAAACUGUGGGCGCCAUUGUGGAUAAGCUGAGAAUGGUGAACGUGUCUGUCCUGACUCACCAAAGCUGUGAGGAGGCAUGGAACGGUCUGCCACCCAACGUCCUCUGUGCGGGUGCAGGACCAGGCUCAGACAAAGGAUUUUGUCAGGGGGACUCUGGGGGUCCUCUGGUGUGCAACGGAAUGGCGGUCGGUGUCGUUUCCUACAACCGGGCCGAGAACUGCAACUAUCCAGACGUGCCCAACGUCUACACGGACAUCACGAAAUACGUCCAGUGGAUCGAAGACAUUCUGAAAACCAAGGAGCCUGCCUGGCAUUCACUGAAGACCAUGGCAGUCAUCACUUUGACCCUCCUGCUCUUUGCCCUCAGAGGGGCAGACGGCUCUCACAUCGUUGGGGGCAGAGAUGCAGCCCCGCACUCGCGCCCCUUCAUGGCUUCGCUGCAGGCAGAGGGGAGACAUUUCUGUGGAGGAGCUUUGGUGAGGGAGGACUUUGUGCUCACAGCAGCACACUGCAACUCGGACGAAGAAUUCUCUGUUGUGUUGGGCCUUGAUACCCUGAGUGGCAAAGAGCAAACAAGGCAGGAGUUCCGCGUUGCCAAAGCCAUUCCACAUCCAAGAUACAAAAACCUUGUAAAUGACAUCAUGCUCCUAAAGCUCAGCAGCAAAGCCCAGCUGAAUGCCUCCGUGCAGGUGAUCCCUCUGAAGCCGGGCAGGGUCAGAACAUCCAGUAACUGCCUCAUCGCCGGGUGGGGGGACACAGAUGACAACGACACCGGCGCCGACAAGCUCCAGGAAGUCAACGUCACCAUCCUGUCGCAAAGGACGUGUUCCCGGAGGUGGGGCGGCCUUCGCUUCAUCCGUUCGGUGAUCUGUGGUGUGGGAGCCAAAGUCCCACAGGGCUUCUGCUACGGAGACUCAGGGGGUCCGUUGGUGUGUGACGGAGCAGUAGCGGGGGUCGUCUCCUUUUCUGGACAACGAUGUGGAGUCCCUUCUACCCCCGACGUCUACUCACGCGUUUCAUAUUUCAGCAGAUGGAUCACAAACGUGCUAAAAAACAAUUAGGCUAAAUGGGUAUUUGAAAGAUAUUCAAAUCUUUGCCCCAAUUCGGCUCAUGCAUUUAGUCUUUCGUGCUUUGCUGACAAGUGAAUUUGAUAUUCCUGUGAAAUUACAAAUAUGAGCGGGAAAUAAAGCUCUGCCAAAAAACUAUUUAGCUGCUUAAGUGGUGCACGAUUUUCUCAGAAUGAUGAACAAAAUCAACAACGACAAAGAGGCGCAUAAAUAAAAGCAUUUUCAAAUGGA